AGACCGGCCAGUAGUUCCCCUGAUCUGGAAUCGCGGCGGCCACUGCUCUGCAACUAGCGGCCCAUUUCCACUUCCGACCACCGCCGUCCUCCGUCCGAUCCGGCGCCGGCGUUUGAACCUUGAACUGCAAUAUCAUAAAUGGACGCCCGCCGCCGAUCGACGAAGUCGACGACCACGACCUACCGGUAAGUCUCUCUCUGGUCUGCCUUUGGACGGCUUCGAUUACGAUUCGAUUYUAGGGCAAUGCUGUGAGAUGCCGAUCGGGUACGUCCAGAUUCCGGUGGGGAUUGCUGGACCGCUUCUGCUCGAUGGGAGAGAAUUUUCAGUUCCGAUGGCUACGACCGAAGGAUGCUUGGUGGCGAGCACCAAUAGAGGAUGCAAGGCCAUCCACCUAUCUGGAGGAGCCAACAGCGUGUUGUUGAGGGAUGGAAUGACCAGAGCUCCGGUGGUGAGAUUCGCCACCGCCAAGAGAGCUGCUGAGUUGAAGAUGUUCUUGGAGGAACCCGAAAAUUUCGACACUCUGUCUAUGGUCUUCAACAAAUCUAGCCGAUUCGCCAGAUUACAGAACAUCAAGUGCGCCAUUGCCGGCAAAAACCUCUAUAUGAGAUUCUUGUGCAGCACCGGCGACGCCAUGGGUAUGAACAUGGUCUCGAAAGGCGUGCAGAACGUACUGGACUUCUUGCAGGAGGAUUUCCCCGACAUGGAUGUAAUCGGCAUCUCUGGAAAUUACUGUUCGGACAAAAAGCCCGCCGCUGUGAACUGGAUCGAAGGAAGGGGCAAAUCGGUGGUUUGUGAAGCCAUUAUUAGAGGUGACGUGGUGAGGAAGGUGUUGAAAACAAACGUGGGGGCUUUGGUGGAGCUUAACAUGCUUAAAAACCUUACUGGGUCCGCCAUGGCUGGAGCUCUAGGAGGAUUUAACGCCCACGCCAGUAACAUUGUUUCUGCCGUUUACAUAGCCACUGGCCAAGACCCUGCACAGAACGUGGAGAGUUCUCACUGCAUUACAAUGAUGGAAGCUGUGAAUGAUGGCCGUGAUCUUCACGUAUCCGUCACCAUGCCUUCCAUUGAGGUGGGCACCGUUGGUGGGGGCACCCAAUUGGCUUCCCAAUCCGCUUGUCUGAAUCUGCUGGGAGUGAAGGGCGCCAACAGAGACGCACCAGGCUCCAAUGCCAGGCAACUGGCCGCCAUUGUUGCUGGUUCUGUGCUUGCAGGAGAGCUCUCUCUCAUGGCUGCCCUUGCCGCAGGCCAGCUAGUGAAGAGCCACAUGAAAUACAACAGAUCUAGCAGAGACAUGGCCAGCGUUGUUCCCUCCUCCUAGUCCCCACCGCCACCGAGCUCGCCGGAGCCAGCCACGCCGGAGGUAGGAAGAAUUAAGAAAUAAUAAUGUAUAAAGCAGAAAAAGGAGAAGGAAAAAAUAACUAGUAAAAACAGUGCUUCUUUUUUUUUUCCCCUUCUAGAAAACACAGUAUUGUUCUGUUCUUUUUGGUUCUGUAACUUGUGUACGUUUGUAAUUCUUUGUUGUUUUGUGUUUGGUUCUGUGUUUAGAGUUUGUUGGGAUUAAAAGUGUGUAGGAAUUUGUUGUUCAUCCUUGGUGGCUGGAAACAAGUUUUAAGUUUAGUGGUCUGUUUGUUUUGGGGGUCUCUUUUCCGUGGUGGGGAUCCUCAAAACUUGUAUAAUGUUUAAAACAAAUAUGCAAGCUCUUCUUCACAAA